AUGAGGUCGCACCGACAGGCAUUCACUCCUGUGCGUCCUUUUUUACUCUGGACACUCGUCUUAUUAUCUUUAUUAUUUAUCUUUGCGUACGCAAAAUCAAAACUUGACUCUAAAGAACUUGUCCGCUUUAAUCCUCCUCACUUUUCAAGACUAGUGAGUGUUGUCAAUGCUCUUCCUCCAAAGCUUGAUCUUAGUCCAAUCAACUUGGUUCUUAUUUCUACACUGGAUGGCAACCUGCACGGUGUCGACCGGUAUACUGGUCAUGUCUUAUGGAGUUUAGAAGGUGCUACUGAAGGUUUUUUAAUUAAAACGUUUACGCGUCCUGCUACUAAACAACCAAAUGCAACUAAUAACGACGACCGUGAAGAAUUCGAUUAUUCUGAUAUCAUAUUAUCCAAAGAUCAAGAUGAUAUUAAUCAUCAUACGAUCGAUGAUUCUCAACUCACUAAGCUAAAUGGUGAUCCUGAAGAAGAAGAAGAUCCGGAUCUUGAAAUUACUUAUAUAGUUGAACCAAAUAAUGAUGGUAUUUUAUACAUGUUCUCUCCAAAAACCGGUCUUCAGAAAUUUCCUCAAACCGUUAAACAAUUGGUCAUGAAUUCUCCAUUUCGCUCUGUUGAUGGUAAAGUAUUCAUAGUAGGAAGCAAAUCUACAAAGUUCUUUGCUAUCGAUCCUGCUACCGGAAAAAUUCUUCAAUCAUUCAAUAGUGAUAAUGAAUUAGAGAAUGAAUGCCCAUCUACUGGUUCACUUCCUAGAGAUGCUUUAUAUGUGGGCAUGAAUGCGUAUAAAAUUUCAAUUUUUAAUGAACGUGGUAAACCAAAAUGGAACCUCACUUAUACCGAAUAUGUUCCUCAUAGCUUUGAUGCUAAUAUUGAAUUGAUGUAUAAUACUUCUCCUGAUGGUUAUUACAUUUCUUCUACUCAUAACGGUGAAGUCCUUUCGACUGAUUCUACAAACGGCGAACAUAACUGGUAUCAACAAUUUUCUUCCCCUGCUGUCGGGAUUUUUGAUGUAUUGGCAUCAAAGGAAUUGUCGAGUGGUCUUCAUGUAGUAAGACAACCAAGGCCUUCUGUUGCCUAUUAUAGUCAUUUACCUAAACAAAAACCUUCACAAUUAUCUGCGUAUGUUGGAAACAUUGAUGGUACUUUGUUUGUUAUGUCAGUUGAAAACUAUCCGUUAACUCAAUCUAUGCCGUUUGGUAUACCCGGUAAAACUGAUGAGGAAGAAAAUAAGUUCAUUAAACAUGAAGGACGUUGCCACCCUGGUUCUUCGAUAUAUCCAGAAUGUUUAGUUGGAAAUCAUAUGAUGUCCACUAUUGAGCAAUCUGUACCUGUCAUCGAUCCACCUCUAAAAGAUAAAGACAACACAACUCGGAUUCCAAAAAUUUCUUCUAAACCACAGAUUGCAGCACAGGUCGGUAUAUCUUGGGCAAUUAUUAUCUUAGUCAUUGUUGGGUUCUUUUAUUUGGGUGGAAGACGAGGAAAUGGGCUCAGGCCUUCGUUAGAAAACAAAAGACGUUUUGGUUCUUUGUUUGAAAACAAAUUUAUGAAUUUCUUUAAACAAAGUCCCCAGCGUGAUUUUCCUGUUACUAAGCCUGGUGGAAAAAAAGAUUCUCCGAAAAAGAAUAAGAAACGUGGAAAGUCAACGGCAGUAGCAAAGAAACUGGAUAUAAAAGAUGAUGAAAAAUUGAAUAAAUCAUCCUCAACGAAAAUUUCUACUACAAAAGAGAUAACUGAUGAUAUUAAAGUCCUUCCUAUUGAAAAUCCUAUUUUGAAUAAUUAUUCCACAACUGUAACUGCAACCAUGACAACAGAAAUUACUUCCUCUGUUUCGACCACUGUUAAUGGUGAAUUAAAAUUGAAUUCGUUGGUUGUUACGGAUACUAUUUUAGGCUAUGGAAGUCAUGGGACUAUUGUGUACAAAGGAUCUUUUGAAGGUCGUGAUGUUGCAGUUAAAAGACUUUUAUUAGAUUUUUAUGAUAUUGCAUAUCAUGAAGUAUCAUUAUUACAAGAAAGUGAUGAUCAUCCAAAUGUUAUACGUUAUUAUUGUAAAGAGCAAAGUGAUCGAUUUUUAUAUAUUGCACUUGAACUUUGUCCCGCUUCUUUACAUGAUUUGAUUGAGCGAGGUUCAACAUUUCAGCACUCACAUUUGUUGGCAUCAAUACAUCCUCCUUCCAAGAUUCUUUACCAAAUUAUCGCAGGUUUACAUCAUUUACAUUCAAUGAAAAUAGUACACCGUGAUAUUAAACCACAAAACAUAUUAAUAGCACCAUCUAAAAACAAAAAAAUUUCAAAAGACGGUGUUACACAAAUACCAUCUUUGAGAGUGUUAAUAUCAGAUUUUGGUUUAUGUAAAAAAUUGGAUGGUGAAACUAGUAGUUUUCAUAAUACAACAAACAAUGCAGGUGGAACUAUUGGUUGGCGAGCACCAGAAUUAUUAUCACCACCAUCACCAGAUGGAAUAAAUAUUGGUACAGAGGAAGUUUGGACAUCAGUAGAUCUAACAAAGUCUAUAGAUAUAUUUUCUGCUGGAUGUUUAUUUUAUUAUGUACUUUCUAAUGGUGAUCAUCCAUUCGGUGAUCGAUAUUCAAGAGAGAUAAAUAUUUUAAAGGGA